CCAUGUGCAAACGAAUCGAUCUGGCAUUUGGCUCACUACAGUAAUAGUGGUGGUAGUUUCGCGUUGAGGGCACCGAUAUGGGCCCGACGGCUAUCGGUCGUAAGUCGAAAGCCACUAUCGGUGAUCGAUGUCAGUGUGCAGCCGUGUAAUUCCUACAAUCACACAUUGCAUGCGAGCAGGUCAGACAAUUUUCAUCGAUUCCAAUCCAUCAUAAACCUCCAGGUCUUUAAUAUUGGGAAUCGUUCAUCACAGUUAGGAAAACCGCAGAUAUAUUUAUUUCGUUAUGACAUUUCAAAAAAUUCUCAAGAUUUUUGGGUUUCGCAUCAUAUAAUGAAUAAUCUGAACACCACUGUGAAACUAUAG